CUCCCCGUUCCCAGCACAGCAACACACCGAGGCUUUGAACUCAACGCGACUGAUAACAUGCAUGUAUCACUAGCUGAAGCCCUGGAGGUUCGGGGAGGACCACUGCACGAAGAGGAAUUAUGGGCUGUAUUGAAUCAAAGCGCCGAAAGCCUCCAAGAGUUGUUCCGAAAAGCUGAUCCGACUGCCCUGGGCUUCAUCAUUUCUCCGUGGUCUCUUCUGCUGCUUCCAUCUGGUAGUGUAUCAUUUACAGAUGAAAAUGUUUCUAACCAAGACCUGCGAGCAUUCACAGCACCAGAAGUUCUCCAAAACCAGUCGCUGACGUCUCUUUCCGAUGUUGAAAAGAUUCAUGUUUAUUCUCUGGGAAUGACACUUUAUUGGGGAGCUGAUUAUGAAGUUCCGCAAAGCCAACCCAUCAAACUUGGAGAUCAUUUAAACAGCAUACUACUUGGCAUGUGUGAAGAUGUCGUUUAUGCCCGCCUAUCCAUACGGACAGUUCUGGAUGCCUGCAGUGCUCACAUCCGGAACAGCAACUGUGCACCUUCCUUCUCAUAUGUGAAACAGUUGGUUAAACUGGUUCUGGGGAGUUUGUCUGGGGUAGAUCAGUUUUCCUGCACUGGGGACAGAAAGCUUCAGACUGACAGGAGCCAGGCCAUCCGGGAGAGGCUGAGAGGGAGAGGACUUCCCACAGGAAGAAGUUUAAUGCCAGACACUCCAGAGGUUCACGCAGCCCCGUUCUCUCAACAGGCCAUGCUUAACAAAGGGCUUAGUAAGUCUAUGGGGUUCCUGUCUAUCAGAGGUUCUCAAGGCGAAGAAGAAUUUUGUCAGGGCCUUUCCUCCGAUUGCAACUCUGGCCACGAUGAUGACGCAAGUACUUGCUGCCCGUACCGAUGUCGAGCUGCUGACUUGGAAAGGAGAUCUGACGACGUCCCCAAGCGGAAAGUGUGGGCUUCCUCCUCGGAUUUGCUGUGCGCAGCUGACAAAGUCACCGAGCGAGACUGUCUGGGGGAUUCCCGGAGGCACCAUCAGCACGCGGGCACCAUUUCGGUACGGACUUCGGCAGCUGCCAGAAACAAGGAGGGUAGAUAUUCUGAUGGGAGCAUAGCCCUGGAUAUAUUUGGCCCUCAAAAACUAGACCAGGUGCCAGAUACAUCAGUGUCUGCAGCCUUAUCAAGUGCCUUUGACAGGAUCAAAGAGAGGCAGAAGAAGCUGCAAUUGCUGAGGGAAGCUAUGAAUGUAGAAGAGCAUGUUCGAAGAUAUAAAUCUUACCACAGUGACAUAUACAGCACUGACAGUGAAAGCCCAUCAUUCAUUUCUUCUGAGGCAGAUUUCAGACAAGUGAGGAGGUUUGAAGCACUGAGGGAUGACUCGAGUGGUCCCUGCCCGGGAACAGAUGAUGCCUCUGCAUCAGGUCGGAUCCAGGGACAAAGAUCAAGGCUAUAUGAAGCACCACUUGAAGUGAACCUGUUAAGCCAAGAAGUAAUGCUGAAGCGCCAGGAGGAGGAGAUGAUGCAGCUUCAGGCCAAAAUGGCCCUCCGGCAGUCUCGACUAAGUCUCUAUCCUGGAGACAUCGUGAGGCCGUCUGUGCUUGAUAUGACGAGGGAUCCUCUUAGAGAAAUUGCGUUGGAAACAGCCAUGACACAAAGGAAACUAAGGAAUUUCUUUGGCCCUGAAUUUGUGAAAACCACCAUUGAGCCAUUCACCUCCUUGGACCUGCCAAAGUCAAUUUUGAACAAGAAAGGAAAAAAUGAAGACAGUCGCCGGAAAAUAAAUGUCAUGCUCUUAAGUGGGCAGAGGCUGGAACUCACCUGUGACACCAAGACUGUGUGCAAAGAUGUGUUUGAUAUGGUCGUGGCACAUGUAGGUUUAGUGGAGCAUCACUUGUUUGGCUUGGCUACUUUGAAAGAAAAUGAAUUUUUCUUCAUCGACCCAGAGCUGAAACUAACUAAAAUAGCUCCCGAAGGCUGGAAAGAAGAACCAAAGAAAAAGAGCAAAAACACGAUCAACUUCACCUUGUUCUUCCGCAUUAAAUUCUUUGUGGAUGAUAUUAGCUCGAUACAGCAUUCUCUGACAUGUCAUCAGUAUUACCUGCAGUUAAGGAAAGAUCUCCUGGAGGAGAAGAUGCACUGUGAUGAUGAGACAGCUUUAUUGCUAGCCUCACUGGCCCUACAGGCAGAAUAUGGAGAUUAUCAAGCUGAAGUGCAUGGACUGUCCUAUUUCAGAACAGAGCACUAUUUACCACCUAGAGUGAUGGAAAACCUGGACCUAUCCAAUGUCAAAGAAGAAUUGCCAAAACUGCACAGUAAUUACGCUGGUGCUUCUGAAAAAGAGGCCGAGUUGGAAUUUCUUAAGAUUUGCCAAAGGCUGACGGAAUAUGGUGUUCAUUUUCAUCGUGUGUUGCCAGAGAAAAAAUCUCAGACUGGAAUUCUGCUGGGCGUCUGCCCCAAAGGAGUUCUCAUUUUUGAGGUUCACAACGGAGCCCGUACGCCUGUCCUUCGCUUCCCAUGGAGAGAAACAAAGAAAAUAUCCUUUAGUAAGAGGAAGAUAACUCUACAGAACACGUCUGAUGGCAUAAAACACGCAUUCCAAACAGACACCAGCAAGGCCUGCCAGUACUUGCUGCAGCUCUGCUCUUCGCAGCAUAAAUUCCAGCUCCAGAUGAGAGCCAGGCAAAGUAACCAGGAUGCUCAGGACAUUGAGAGAGCAUCCUUCAGGAGCCUAAAUCUCCACACGGAUUCUGUGAAAGGGUUUAACAUGGGACGCGCCAUCAGCACCGGCAGCCUGGCCAGCAGCACCUUGAACAGGCUGGCAGUCCGGCCGUUGUCAGUGCAAGCAGAGAUCCUCAAGAGACUCUCCUACUCUGAACUGUCCCUUUUCCAGCCUGCCCAAGGCUGUUCCAGAGACAAAAAUGAGAAGACGUCGUGGGAGGAAAGACCCAAAAUUAUGAGCAAAUCCUUUCAUGACCUCACCCAGAGUCAGGUGACUGUCAACCCUCUCCGGAAAAAUGCUACUGCCUCCAUGGACUCCUCUUCGCGCAGAAUGGAGGAAUUGAUGGGGAAAAUCUUCCAACAGGUGCCAAAGUCCGAUACAGAAUCAGUGGCUGCAGGAGCAAAACUAAACAAUUCACACUCUCAUGCAGGUUUAAAUGCCAGCCUAGAAAGAAGGAAAAAUGAAUCUGACUGCUCAUCUACUGAAGAUACUGGCCAAGCCUAUGUUGUAGAUGUUCUACAAACAAAGCAGAAUGCAGUGUCAUUGCCGGAAAGGGAGAUCAACUUGGUGACCUUGAAAAAAGAUGAAAAGUAUGGCUUAGGGUUUCAGAUCACAGGUGGGGAGAAGACUGGAAAACUUGAUCUUGGGAUUUUUAUUCAUUCGAUAACGCCUGGAGGACCAGCUGAUCUGCAGGGGUCAUUAAAACCAGGAGACCGCCUGAUAUCUGUGAACAGCGUGAGCUUGGAAGGGGUCAGCCAUCACACAGCGCUAGAAAUUAUUGAACAGGCUCCAAAGGAUGUGACCCUUGUCAUCUCGCAGCCUAAGGAGGGGCCAACCAAAGUGUCAUCCAAUCCCCUCAGUGAUACUAAGGGGUAUUUAAAGAGGCCUGCACUGAUGCUGGACAAUGAGGCGGAGUCAUCUUCAGAGGAACACAACAGGCCACUAAGCCACCAGAGGCCCACCUCCGGGAGCUUAUCUGGUCUUUGCUCGGGCAAACGAGAUGGAAGCUUGAGCUCCCAAGAUUCCAGGACCGAGAGCGCCAGCCUGUCCCAGAGUCAAACACGUGGUGGCUGUGGCAGCCAUAUCAACGACAGGGCCCAGCAGGAAUUCCAGCAUGGCAACGAUUCCCAGCUUUCCAAAUGCAUUGAGAGAAAUGGAUGCUCAUCUGAGACGAACCUGGCGAAGGCAAAAAAGCCUGGGAUGGUGGAAACAGUCGAGUAUUCUGACCGAGGGGAUUCCGACAUGGACGAAGCCACUUACUCCAGCAGCCAGGAGCAAACGGCAGCCAAAAAGGAGCCUUGCUUCAUGAAUUUAGCCAACUCAAUGAAUUGUAAAAAGUUUUCUGCACCGCCUCUUAAACCUGGAGAUAUCUUUGAGGUCGAACUGGCCAAAAAUGAUAACGGCUUGGGAAUAAGUGUCACGGUACUGUUUGACAAGGGUGGUGUGAACACUAACGUGAGGCACGGAGGCCUUUACGUAAAGGCUGUUAUUCCUAAAGGAGCUGCAGAAGCUGACGGUAGGAUUCAAAAAGGUGAUCGUGUACUUUCUGUCAAUGGGGUUACUUUGGAAGGAGCAACCCAUAAACAAGCUGUGGAAAUCUUGAGGAAUACUGGCCAGGAAGUUCACCUGGUACUAGAAAAAGGGCAGCUUCCAGCAGCCAGAGUUCAUGGUCCAGUUACCCCACAGUGCACCCCCCCAAACCAACCCAGUCACGGUGGAGCCCCAGAGAGACCUGUGAAGAAAGUGACAAGCACCAGAGAGUACAACUUUGUCACUGAUGACAACACAUUCGAGGUGAAGCUAGUGAAAAACAGUUCAGGCCUGGGCUUCAGUUUCUGUCGGGAAGACAGCGUUUCUCCAGAACAGCCAGGUUCCAGCAUAGUCAGGGUUAAAAAGCUCUUUCCUGGGCAGCCUGCUGCAGAAAGUGGGCAGAUUGAAGUUGGGGACGUCAUCCUGAAAGUGAAUGGAUCUUCUCUAAAAGGAUUGUCCCAGCAGGAAGUCAUCUCAGCUCUCAGAGGAACAUCCCCCGAGGUCACCCUUCUCCUCUGCAGGCCACUCCCUGGAAUACUUCCAGAAAUUGAUCCCUCUUUAUUGACCCCUAUCCACUCCCCUCCUCAAAUUUUCCCUGAUGUCGGCAAAGGAAACCCUCAUCCAUCCAGCGGAGAGCAAGAUGACAGUUCUGAUGAAAAUGAAGCUGCGGACAAGAACAAGAAGUGCGUCAAGUCCCCCUCUCGGAGAGACAGCGACAGCGACAGCAGCGGGAGUGGAGGGGAAGAGCUUCUGGCCAAUGCGGCCCAAACAGCAAGCCCCAAGUGGAGCUCUGCUCUGUGCCAAACCCCAAACAAAUCAGCUACUCAAGCACAUAGUCCUUAUGAAACACCCUGCAGCCAGGAGGAAACUAUUCGUACGAUAUAUGGCUCUUCUCAUGAGUCACCUAGGAAACCAAAAAUGGAGGACAGUACCCCUUCGUCUGAUCUGCUGAUUGAUUUGGCUCCAAUACCAAGCUGUAGAACCGUCACACCUGGAUCAACAAAUGAGAAAUACAGCUGUUCUGCCUCUGAGCUCACGGCACCGCAGGGAGGCCUGGUAUCGCUUUUCAGCCCGCUUGAAAAACAUGUUGAUGAAUAUGAACCAGAGGUGGAACUCCAUGUUGUCCUAACUAAAUCGGAAAAGGGUAGCCUUGGUUUCACGGUGACCAAAGGUAAUGACAACAUUGGCUGUUACAUCCAUGAUGUCAUUCAAGAUCCUGCCAAAAGUGACGGGAGAUUACGUCCUGGAGAUCGCCUAAUCAAGGUUAAUGACACAGAUGUCACUAACAUGAGCCACACAGAUGCGGUCAGUUUCCUCCGAGCUGCCCCAAAGAUGGUUAGGCUGGUGCUCGGACGUGUUCUGGAGUUACCCAAGAUCCCUAUGAUGCCACAUUUGCUGCCUGACGUGAACCUAACAUGCCACAAAGAAGAGCUCGGCAUCUCUCUUGCAGGCGGCCAUGACAGCCUUUCUCAAGUGGUGUACAUUAGUGACAUCAGUCCUAAAUCUACUGCAGCCAUGGAGGGGACUCUCCGUACAUUGGACAUCAUCCAUUACAUUAAUGGGAUCAGCACUCAGGGAAUGACUUUGAAAGAAGCCAGGAGGGCGCUGGAGAUGUCACUUCCAACUGUGAUACUGAAAGGAACCAGGGACGGCCAUCCAGUGUUUCCGAAAACUAAAAGCCAAGAUAGCUUCAGUCUGAGCUCAAUCAAACAUAAUGGCCAUCUUCAUGGAGAACCUUAUGGCAAAGCAGAAUUAGGGCCUGAUGCAUGUGUGCCCAAGAUCAAUGGUGAAAUGAACAACAGCCACCAGCCAAAAGGGCCAGCACAUGUCGCCAUAUCUAAAGCGAGGCCCCCAAGUGAUGCUAUAAGUCAGGCGUCUGAGUUUUCCAGCUACAAUAACAACUCAGAAAUACAAGACGACGAUUCUUAUGAUGAGGAUGAUCACAACGAAGUCAUUCAGUACCUUUUAGAUGUUGUAGAUGAAGAAGCCCAGAAUCUGCUGAACCGUAGUAAUGCCACAUCUGGGAACCAUCUGCCAGAAGCAAAUGGGAAACUUUCCGAAGAGAAAUCAGAAGACACCGACUGUGAUGGGUCAUCAUUGCCUGAAGAUUUUCCAGAGCCACCCCACAUAAAUGGCUGCGAAGAGCAUUGUAAUGACAAGAGGAUUUCGGAAAGGUUACUUCAGCGACCUUUGAUGGGUCAGGGAGAUGAGGAUGAGAUUACGUGGGGAAGUGACGAGUUGCCAAUUGAAUCACUAAACCAGCAGCAGUCUGUUAAAGGUUGCUCUUUAGUCACCAGUGAGGAUCUUGCUGCCCUUCCGGUGGUCCAGGUGCUCCCUUCAGGCAAAUACACGGGGGCCAAAUUAAAGUCAACUGUCCGGAUGCUACGAGGCCUGUUGGAACAAGGAGUCCCUUGUAAGGAGAUUGAGAAUCUUCAUGACUUAAAGCCUUUGGAUCAGUGCUUGGUGGGCCAGACAAAAGAAAACAGGAGGAAGAACAGAUAUAAGAACAUCCUGCCAUAUGACACCACAAGAGUGCCUCUGGGGCCUGAAGGGGGCUACAUCAAUGCCAGCUUUAUCCGGAUGCCAGUAGGGAGUAAGGAAUACAUUUAUAUUGCAUGCCAAGGACCCCUCCCUACUACCGUGGCCGACUUCUGGCAAAUGGCUUGGGAACAGAACUGUACCAUCAUAGCCAUGAUGACCCAGGAAGUAGAAGGAGAAAAAGUCAAGUGUCAGCGGUAUUGGCCCGACGCCCUGGGCAAAACCACGAUGAUCAGUGAUAGGCUCCGGCUCUCUCUUGUGAGGCUGCAGCAGCUCAAAGGAUUUGUCAUUAGAGUCAUGGAACUGGAGGAUAUUCAGACAGGUGAACUCCGGCGUAUUUCCCAUUUGAACUUUACUGCCUGGCCAGAUCACGACACGCCAUCUCAACCGGACGAUUUACUUGCUUUUAUAUCCUACAUGAGGCACAUCCACAAAUCCGGGCCAAUCAUCACUCACUGCAGUGCAGGCAUUGGACGAUCAGGGACGCUAAUUUGCAUAGAUGUGGUCUUGGGACUAAUCAGCCAAGACCUGGAGUUUGACAUCUCUGACGUGGUGCGGACAAUGCGCCUACAAAGGCAUGGCAUGGUGCAAACUGAGGACCAGUAUAUUUUCUGCUAUCAAGUUAUCCUAUACGUCCUAAAACGUCUCCAAGCAGAAGAACAGCAAAGAACGAACUAAAAUAUUAAAGCUGGAUAUGCAUUUAAAUG